CAUAAAAGGGCUGCAGCAAGAGCUCUGCUGGUCAAACACACACUCGGCACACAGUCUGAUGGAGCAGGGCUGUGUGUGAGCUCGUCAUGUCCAGGGGCCCUGGGCCCUCAGGGGCAGCCCAUCUACAGGAUCGGGAGCCCGGCGCUGGGGGUCUGGCCGAGGGUCCGGUGGGCCUGCAGACGCUGCUGGAUCUGCUGGUGGGAGUUUAUCAGGAGUUCUGCUCAUCGCCGCUGCGCAGAGAGAAACACGUGCAGAGAUUCCUGCAGUGGGCGGAGCCUCUGGUCAGACAGGUGAAGAAGACCCGAAUCAGCAGAGAGGAUUUCCACAUCCUGAAGGUGAUCGGCAGAGGGACGUUCAGCGAGGUGGCUCUGGCGCGCAUGCGUAACACACAGCAGGUUUACGCUGUGAAGAUCAUGAAUAAAUGGGACAUGCUGAAACGUGGAGAGAUGGCGUGUUAUCAGGAGGAGCGAGAGGUUCUGCUAAAGGGGGACAGAAGGUGGAUCACAGAGUUGCACUACGCCUUCCAGGAUGAUGAUUACCUAUACCUGGUCAUGCAUUAUUAUGUUGGCGGUGACCUGCUGACGCUGCUGAGUAAGUUUAAUGACGGUCUGCCGGAGGAGAUGGCGCAGUUUUACCUGGCGGAGAUGGUGAUGGCCAUCGACUCCGUGCACCUGCUGGGAUACGUCCACAGAGAUAUUAAACCUGACAAUAUCCUGCUGACGGCAGACGGCCACGCACGGCUCGGGGAUUUCGGCUCAUGUCUCCGGCUAGAAGAUGAUGGACUGGUGCACUCGGCGGUGGCGGUCGGGACUCCAGAUUAUCUGUCUCCAGAACUCCUGCGGGCGGUGGAGGCUGGUGGGGGAUACGGAUCUGACUGCGACUGGUGGGCUCUAGGCGUCUGCGCAUAUGAGAUGCUGCUGGGAACCACACCGUUCUAUGCAGAGUCCAUCUCUGAGACCUACGCCAAAAUCAUUCACUUCAAGGAUUAUUUUGGGUUUCCAGCCAGUGGUGUGCAGGUGUCUGAGCCGGCGCGUGCUCUGGUCUGCAGUCUGCUGUGAGAGCGCUCUGAGCGUCUGGGCUCUGGAGGAUCUGCAGACUUCAGGAGUCAUCCGUUCUUCAGUGGCCUAGACUGGAGCUCUCUGCAUCUGCACCCUCCGCCGUACCGUCCAGACGUCUCCAACGCCACAGACACUUCAAACUUCGAUGUGCUGGACGACUGCCUCAGUGAAACGGAGACUCUGUCUGAUGUGAUGGAGCGAGCGCCGGUCGGGGUUCAUCUGGCAUUUGUGGGAUACUCGUACACUGCCACCAGAGAGACGGGUGCGCUGGACCGCAGCAGCGACAUCAUGAUGGAGAUCGACCAGCUGCAGGACACAGACUCUCUCCACCUGCAGGACAAACUGGAUCAGGUGUGGCAGCUCAGAGAAACCAUCACUGCUGAAGUGUUGAGCGCUCCAGAAUCUCCAGCUGAGAAAAACAACCCAGAGCGAGUGGACAGAAGCACAGAGACGGAGCAGAGCGACACACACGUGCAGGAGCUACAGAGGCAUCUUCAUAAGGCUGAGAGGAGGAACCGAGAGUUGGAGCAGGAGAUGGCAGGCCUGAGGGAGCAGAUCCUCCGACUGAGCGCUGUCAGAAACACAGUCACAGAGCUGUGUGUGUGUCCACCAGCGCGCGCUCUGGCCGUUUGCCCUCUGGACUCUGCCCAGGACAGCUCAGUGACGCCCCCUGCCUGCCAUUACCCGCUAGUGACACCACUGCACCGCCACCUGCUGCUGUUCAACCGGGUGCGAGUGCCGCAGGUGAGCAGUGAGUCGUAUCUGCUGGUGUGUGCUGUAGGGCAGGAGCUGCAGCUGUGGGAGCGUCACCUCAACACUGAUCUUUGCUGAACCUCUGCAGACAAACACUACAGCAGCAGAGGACGCACUUCUCUCUGUUCAUCUGCUCAUCAGCUCUUCAGCUCCACAGACCUCCAGCAUCACGCAAGUGUCGAGUGUUUAAAACCAGUCAGGAACUUCCCUACACAUGAACUUCUGUUGAAGUGGAUUGAUCCCAUGACAAACACAGAACACCAGUCAACACAAGCAUGCACCGGUUGUAUUUGAUAAUAGCACUGUGCCUUCUUAAUCAGCAUUUAAUAAGCUGGAGAACUGCUGGGAAAAUCAACCCGGGCUCAUUAUGGAUAUGUACCUCUAUAUACAUUUCUGGAGAACGUCAAAUGUGUCCCAGGAGGUCUGUUUUUGUGCAGUUUUAUUUUUUUUAAUCAACCAGAGGCCGCUGUGUAAGCUUUUACAGAUCUCAAAUUUCUCUAGCUAGUGCUCUUCUCACAAAAUUCCACAGAGGCUGUGACUGACUGACUGACCGACUGACUGACCCCCCCCCCUUGUUUUCAAAAGCAAUUCAGAAAAUAGAAAACCCCUUGCCUGAUUUUUACCAGGUUUUCAGAUUUGACCACAUUCUCACGCUGAUAUUUACUUGACGUUUAUUUUUUUGCCUUUUGUUUUACCUGCUUUCCGGAACCAUUCUUUGCUGGACUUGAACUCCAUCAUUGCCAUCUGCUCUCUGCGUCUCAAGUCUGCCGAUGUAUGCAGCAAGCUACUGGACAAACUAUUAACAGCGAAAAAAGCCGUCCAGACAGGGGUAGUCAUCAGUGGUGUCAUACCGCCACAUAGCGUUCGUUUUAAAGAUGAAGUGCAGCCAUACGUAACUCUGGAUACAUAAUUCAUACUCUCCAGAAAUGUAUACAGGAGUACGCUUUCAGAAUGAGCCCCAAAAAUGCCCCAAAACUGCCAAAAAUGCUUUAAGGUUUUGUCUUAUUUCUUGUCUGUAUAUCUUAAGAUUAUGCAUGUAUAUAAACGUGAAAACCAGAAUAUUCUGCUUCCCUCAUGGGUAGACAAUUUUACUUGUUUUAUGGAAAAUCUCACUUAAUUUUCACUCAGUUUUCUUU